UAGUAGGAUCACUCGUCGCCCUACAGCCCUUUCAUAGAGCUGCCUCUUGCCACAGUUCCCUGGAAACUUGCUAUAAACUCUUAUCUUUGUAGGAGGGCUGGGAAAGGGAAUCUCCCUCUAGACAAACACUGGACCAGUCAUGUGUGUGUAAUUAACUGAACGUAGUCUGCAUUUUACUACAACAGGUGUUGUUUAUAACCACUGUUUAUUAUCACGUUGUAUCCUGUGGGUACCAACAAGUCACAUUCCCAGAGGCUGCCAGUCAAACAAAACUGUGUCCUCAGCUGAGGUCCUGGCUGCAAUGGUCGGGAGGCUGAACCUGCAGGAUGUCCCUGAUCUGCUGGACAUGAAGAAGAAGGGUGAGAGGGUUCUGGAUAGUCCAGAUUCUGGGCUCCCUCCCAGCCCCUGUCCCAGUAACUGGCUUUUGACUGCAGGAGUGGCAGAGAAAGCUAUUGAACAAGAACCUUCACCAGCACAGGGGAACUUGCCUCUCUUAAGUCUGACAAAUAACUGCAUUCCAAGACUGUGCCCUUUGUCUUUUGGAGAGGGUGUGGAGUUUGAUCCUUUGCCUCCUAAAGAAAUAAGGUACACCUCCUCAGUUAAAUAUGACUCUGAUAAACACUUCAUUGACAAUAUCUACAUGCCGGUCGGACUGGGCCUCUCCUCCUGCAGACAAACAGUGAUCUGUGUCCCAAAUUGCACAUGGCGCAACUAUAAAGCAGAGGUCUACUUUGAACCUAAGAAUAAGCCUCAGAGGUUCAUGAGCACCACUAUUGUGUAUCCAAAACAUACAAAAACUGUCUACACAACUACGUUGGAUUUCAACUGCAAGAAGUUCAUGAGGCGUUUUCUGUCAAGUGUAGAGUUGGAAGCUGCUGAUUGCUUAGGUGGUGAAUGCUACAUGGAUUAAUAUUGAAUUUAUAUAUCUCAUUCUGUUUGUUAACAUUAUUGAUUUGAGCUAUAAAAGGUCAUUAUAGUUGCAAGUUAAAUGUAACAAAACAAGAAAAGCCUUGUAUAGACGUGAAAAAUGUAAAGGUUAUCCAUAUGACGAUAAGUUAACCUGCUCAUUAAUUAAUUAUUUGGUUGACUGCACCAGUUACCAUUCAAUAAUUGUUGAAUUAUCUAACAGAAUUAUAUGAUUUGGAUGUUAACUAUAUUAGUGUAAGGCAAAUAUUGUUUGUGAAACAGCAAUUAAGAUAUGGAUGUCCACCAAAGAAAAAAACAAACUAUGCUUCCUUAUACUUAACAAAAAAUACAUAAUUUAUGACAAAUUAGUUAUUUCAUAUGAAUGAUGAAGUUGGAGAUUUAGGACUUUAAAACUAAACUCAAAUAAAACAAGAACUUUACCGUCAUCAGUAGGAUUCCACAAUAACCUUACUGAGAUUGAUUUGAGACCAAAAAUGGGAAAAUGCUACAGGAGAGUUUUAGGGAAAAACUCACACAAAAUGACAUUUCUGGGGUGAGAUUAAAAUGUAAUACUUGACAUUGGAAUAAUUUCUGAUCCUCUGUUUCCGGUUUGUAUAGGAAAUAAAGCACUUCAAAACUGACAAAUUCUAUGGUCAUAUCAUUAUUAAACAGACAGUUAAGUCAAAGAUAACAUUUCAUGAUUCAGACAGAGCUUGCAAGUUAAAAAAAAAUUGUUUCUUCUGUUAUCAAAUAUGCUUUAUUUUCUUGGUACCCUUUGUUUAAGAGUAAACCUAUGUACUCUUAGGAGCGUGCACGUAUCUUGAGUACUACAUGGAAGCAGGCUCUUCAACAAUGUAUAACAUAUUGUUGCCAACAUUGCUGCCUUAGAUUGCCAAAGACACAUGCAUGCUGUUGAGCUCCUAUGAUUUACUAUUCAACAAAGGAAUGUAGCAAUUCUUAUGACAGAAAUACAGUGUAUGUGCACUGUAUAUGUGCACUGUAUAUAUGUGUAUAUAUAUAUAUAUAUAUAUAUAUAUAUAUAUAUAUUAUUAUGUACUAUAUAUAUAUAUAUAUAUAUAUAAUUUUAAAUCACAUGCUCAAUCUAAACCAUGAACAUUUAAAUUUGACUUUACUGUCCUUUUAAACAAUGUAGAUUGUUGCGUGCAGAGUUUUAACAUGAAACUAUGUAUACGUUAAUUUGUAUAAUUUUGCUCACACAUGAUUGUUUUUCUACAGUUCUUAAUAAACAUUUUAAAACAAGAAAAUAAAAUAAAGAAUAAUGAUAUAAAAGUU